UGGAACUACGCAGUGGAACUACGCAGUGUCUGCAGGAUACAUACAACACGCAGUUUUUUUGUGGAGUACUGUACAGAAUGAAGUUUGCAGCUCUCCUGCUUCUGGGAAUGUUGAUGGCACGAGCACAGAAUUUUGAUAGAUGUGACGUUGUCAACUUCUUGUGGUGGAUGGACGACCUCUGUCAUUUGACCCUUCUCAGAUAUUACGUCACCCUCGACGGUGUUCUGACACAGCAAGACAUCCACAGCACCCUCAACGCUGUCUGCAGUGAAGUUACCGAGGAGCGACGUCUGUGUGCAUUCCAGCGGACGGUGACCUGUGACAACCGCGACACCCUCCGCAGCUUUGCUGCUGUCAACGGCAUCUGUAUCGACGACCACCCCUCACCCUAUGCCCUGCAGCUACUUGCGUCCAUCCCUCCCCGAGUGAACGCUUCAUGCAUGGUAGGGGAAGCGACUGGAGUCAUCCGCAGCUGUACCGAAGUGGUUGCGUGGAGAGCAGCCUUUGGUUUCAACCGCUCCAUGUCGGAGGCCGCCAUUGUUCAGCAUCACCAGAUUCAGGUGAACAGGGGCGUAUUAUGUAUGUACUCGGGAGCGGACGGCAGAAUGGCGCGGUGUGCGGAGGAGGAGGGGAAGUUGGAGGGGUUGAAGGCUGCCUACCUGUUGUUCCUGCUCGCAUACGCUCCCCCGGGAUUCACCUAUAAUCAUACCUACAUCACCGAUACCACUGACAGACAUUAGACAUCGCCUUCAUAAACAGUGUCACUGACAGACGAGGGCUGAUGUCCAUGUAGCCUCAGUAGCAACUAGUCUCUAGGCUACGGAGUAACUGCAAAUUGACUGAUGUCCACGUAGCCUAGAGUAGCAACCAUUGCCCCCAUACGGACCGUCUCUAGGCUACGGAUUAACUGUACAUUUGCUGGUGUCCAUGUAGCCCUCAGCAGCGACUAGUCUCUAGGCUACGGAGUAACUGCAAAUUGACUGAUGUCCACGUAGCCUAGAGUAGCAACCAUUGCCCCCAUACGGACCGUCUCUAGGCUACGGAUUAACUGUACCUUUGCUGGUGUCCAUGUAGCCCUCAGUAGCGACUAGUCUCUAGGCUACGGAGUAACUGCAAAUUGACUGAUGUCCACGUAGCCUAGAGUAGCAACCAUUGCCCCCAUACGGACCGUAUCUAGGCUACGGAUUAACUGUACAUUUGCUGGUGUCCAUGUAGCCCACAGUAGCGACCACUGCCACAAUACGGACCGUCUCCGGGCUGCAGAGUAACUGUAAAUUGACUGACAUAAAUGUAGCCUUCAGUAGCGACCACUGCCACAAUACGGACCUUCUCUAGGCUACGGAUUAACUGUAAAUUGACUUGACAUAGAUGUAGCCUUCAGUAGCGACCACUGCCACAAUACGGACCUUCUCUAGGCUACGGAUUAACUGUAAAUUGACUGACAUAGAUGUAGCCUUCAGUAGCGACCACUGCCACAAUACGGACCUUCUCUAGGCUACGGAUUAACUGUAAAUUGACUGACAUAGAUGUAGCCUUCAGUAGCGACCACUGCCACAAUACGGUGGAUGGGUGAGUUCGGUUUUACGCCGCUUUUAGCAAUAUUCCAGCAAUAUCACGGCAGAGGACACCAGAAAUGGGCUUCACACAUUGUACCCAUGUCGGGAAUCGAACCUGGGUCUUCGGCGUGACGAGCUAACGCUUUAACCACUAGGCUACCGACCGCCCCGCCACAAUACGGACCGUCUCUACUGUACAUUGGCUGAACAUGAACUCAAUAAAUAGAUACGAUGAAUGAUA